CGGAAGACAUGACCCACCUCGUAGCAGAAGAGCAGGUCGUAUGAGUUUAACAGCUGCAGCUCACUUUCGCCACAGUGACCGCGGAGCCGGACGGUGAACCCGAGCUACACGAGCCCCCCAAUCCACCCACCCGCGACAGGUGUGAUGGCAGUCAGAGGUUUGACGACUGCUGAUCGCUGGCUUUAGGGGUCCAGCUCUGCCCUGGCCGGCACCAUGCAGCAGAAAGGUGCGAUCCAAAUUAUCGAAUGGGAGGACCUGGACAAGAGGAAGUUCUACUCCCUGGGUGUGUUCAUGACCUUGACCACCAGGGCUACCGUCUACCCGGCCAGCCUCAUCCGCACUCGCCUCCAGGUGCAGAAGGGGAAGGCGCUUUACUCCGGCACCUUUGAUGCUUUCUGCAAAAUCCUGCGAGCUGAGGGCGUGCAAGGCCUGUACCGUGGCUUUAUGGUCAACACGUUCACCCUGGUCUCAGGACAGGCUUAUAUCACCACCUAUGAACUGGUGCGCAAGUACGUGUCCCAUUACUCACCCAGCAACACGGUGAAGUCGGUGGUGGCGGGCGGGGCAGCGUCCCUGGUGGCCCAGACCAUCACUGUGCCCAUAGAUGUGGUGUCUCAGCAGCUGAUGAUGCAAGGACAGGGACAACACCUGACUCGCUUCAAGGCCAAACCCAAAAUGAUGCUUGCAGCAACCAAACGCAGACUGACUUUCGGGCAAACCCGUGACAUUACGGUGCAGAUUCUUGCAGCCGAUGGCUUCAGGGGGUUUUACAGGGGCUAUGUGGCAUCGCUGCUCACGUACAUCCCAAACAGUGCGCUGUGGUGGCCUUUUUACCAUUUUUAUGCAGAGCAGCUGUCCUUGUUGGCACCGAGCGAGUGCCCCCAUCUGAUUCUGCAGGCUUUGGCAGGACCAAUGGCAGCAGCCACGGCCUCCACCAUCACCAACCCCAUGGAUGUUGUUCGAGCAAGAGUUCAGGUGGAGGGACGAGCGUCUGUCAUCGAGACGUUCAAACAGCUGCUGGCAGAGGAGGGCGUCUGGGGACUGACCAAGGGGCUGUCGGCCCGCAUCAUUUCCUCCCUGCCCACGUCGGUGCUCAUCGUGGUGGGAUACGAGACGCUGAAGAGACUGAGCCUGCGAGCUGAUCUGAUCGAGUCCAGACACUGGUGAAAGGCCUGAGGGAAGCGGGGCAGCCUGGCACCACCUCAGCACAGGAGGGCAGGAACUUUUCAGCCGGAUGUACGUCCAGCCUCAGCUGUGCAGCUGCCUCCUUUUAGAGCUGUGCUGUUAAUGCGGGCGUGUGGUGACGUUUGUCCGUAGGUACACUCGGGAAUUACAGGUGUUGUUACUCCGGCUUUUUCUGUUGGUCAGACUCAUUUCUACCGGCCUUUUUUUUUUGGCUUAACUGUGAAAACAAUGUUCUGUAUUUUGCCAUAAGUAAACUUUCAAACAAUGAGAAAUCUUUAAAAUUUGACUGAGAAAAGCCUCUACUUGGCUCGUAAGAGACUCAAGCCUCCUUUUGAUCAAAGCCUCCCGGACUGUGUAUUUUAAUGAUACGGAUCGACUGAACCGGCACAUUUUUAUUUAUGCCUGGAUGUGAAGCAGUUCAGUUUGGGUUUUUUUUUUGUUUUUUUUUGUUUUUUUAACUGUGCCAUACUUUGAGCUCCUCUGCAGUAAAUUACAGUGUGUACUUAAAGUGAAUUUGUAACGAGGCCAGUCUAAUGAGUUCCAGUGUGCCAAAAUUGCUUUGUUGCCUUGUUUGUCCUGUUGAGCACAUCAAGAACAGAAAAGACCAGAUAUCUGUGUGCAUUCCAGUGAAGAGAAGAAAGAAAAUAAUGUUCAGAGGGUUGAAACAACAGAAGAAUCUCACCUUCAGUUUCGGCCCAAAUUAAAAGAUUAAAUUUGAUAUUUGGCGAUUAUAGCAGUAACGUUAAACUGUGCAGAGGAAAUGAGUAUAUCUCCAGUGUGAUAAUUAAACUAGACUUUCAGAAAGUGUAUUUAAAAUUUGCUCAAUGUUCUGUUUACUUACAGGACAAGAAAUAGUAAAAUUAUCUGAAGAGGUGUUUGUGAAACCUGGUCCAAGUUUGUGUAGGUCGAACUAAAGCCUGCAUUGUCUGUGCGCUGUGAUUUAUUGUGGUGCAGACGUAAUGACGAAUUUCACAUAUAGAUGAGUUGAUUGGGCCAAUCAGGCAGGCGUUUGCUUGUUUUUGUUCCCGUCUGCGUGAAUGUGCUGCACAACACAAAGUGGAGCUCGACAGAAAAAGAUGAGGCAAAGAGGCGUUUGCAGCCCAAGUGCAAACGAAACAUCACAGGCUUUAUAUCUCAUUAAAAGAGGAGAGCAUCUCGGGCCACUUGCUGCCGUUCAUAAUUCUGUUGUGAUCUGUUUAUUAUUUAUAAUGUCUGGGAUGACAGGGGUCAAAGCCACUGGGCGGCAGCAGCACCAACACCAGCAGGCGAGACGUCACUGCGAAGAUGGUUUCAGAUCACCCAGUGAGUGUGAGGGACAUCCGCGAGGUUUCUGUGAUGUCAGAGGUGAGCGUGCAGACGCAGCUUUGUUUGGAAAUGAUUAACACUGCCAGAAAACACAGCGAGGUUACGUUGUGUCAUGAACUGUUAAAUGUUUGUAGAGAGCAUCUUCCUAUUUGUACAACAUCCUGUUCACGUGAAUAAGAAUGAUGAGCUUCUUCCAGCUGCUGGACCGACUUACUUCUGAAAAAGCUAAUUUACUGGACCUUUGCACGUACAGAGAAAGCGCUAAACCUUCACCGUCUACCUACUGUGUGUGUGUGUAAUACAAAGACCUGUUAAAAGUACAUUUUGAUGUGUUUUAAACAUGCACAACUUGUGGAUCUUUGAAGAAAAGUAAUAAAGACUUCUGAAUCUC